AUGAGAAGUUUUAUUGAAAAACAUCACAGAUUAUACCAUUAUUUGAUUAUUAACCACUGUAUUUUCAUCCACAGGUUUUUCACUGGUGGUAUUUCUAACCAGUUGUACGGUUACUAUCAGGAGGGUAAAUUUAAGGAAGAUGUAAUUCUGGUCCGGAUUUAUGGUCAAGGAACAGAGCUUAUGAUAGACAGAGAUGUUGAAAAACAAAAUAUACAGCUUCUAAGUGCAGCAGGAAGAAGCCCACCUCUUUAUGCAUCAUUUGACAAUGGCAUAGCAUAUGGUUUUGUACAGGGUUGUACCCUUGAUGAGAAGACUAUACGUGAUGAAAAGAUCAGGAAGUUGAUAGCUGAGGAGAUGAUAAAGGUCCAUGCAAUUAUACCAGAGGGUAGACAGGUGGUGUCAGCACUGUGGGACACACUCUAUAGAUUUCUGGAUUUGUCCCCUGAAGGAUUUGAAAACCCUGAGAGAAAUAAACAGUAUCUUGCAAAGAUUAAGCCAAAAGACGUGUUAAGAAAAGAGUUAGAUGAUCUUCGUGUACAUCUAGAGGCGCUUAACUCCCCUGUUGUGUUCUGCCAUAAUGAUCUUUUGCUCAAAAAUAUCAUUUACAAUGAAGAAAAAGGUAAGUGAACUUAGGGCAUUC